AUGUCCUCGGGGGAGGGGUCCCGCGUGUCCUCGGGGGAGGGGUCCCGCAUGUCCUCGGGGGAGGGGUCCCGCAUGUCCUCGGGCCGCUCCUCCGCUCCGUCCCCGCCCCCGGGGGCGCUCCCCGGGCCCCCCCCCCGCCGCCGCCGCCGUGCCCCGCCCCCCCCCGCCGCGGGUUCCCCCCCCCCCCCGCGCUCCGGUGCCGCCCCCGCCGCGCGCGCGGGCAGCCAUGACGUGUUCGUGACGUCACGCUCGGAUUUCCGGGCGCAGCUGCGGCGCUGCCAGCGGCUGCUGGCGCCGGGCGGGGGUCCCGGGGAGCUGCGGCUGCACGGGCUCGGGCUCGCCGUGCCCCGCACCAUCAACCUGGCGCUGCAGCUGCAGGCGGGCGCGGGGGGCGCGCUGCGCCUGCACGCCAGCACCUCCUCCGUGCCCCUCCGCGACCGGCACCGGCACCGGGACCGCCACCGGCACCGGCACCGCGAGGGCCCCGACAGCGCCGACAGCGACGGCGGCGACGGCGACGGGGACGGGGACGGGGACACCCCGCGGCACAACUCGGCCAUCCACAUCCGCCUGUGCCGGGAGGCGCCCUGUGCCUGAGGGGGCACCGGGACCACCGAGCCCGGGGCGAAACAC